AGUCAAUUUGUCUCUUCCUCACAUAGAUCUGUAAUAUCCGAGGGUCUCGAAAUUACCAUUUGGGUAAUUUUCGCGCGUUUGUGGUAGCUUCAAUCAACAACAACCUCAUCAGGAAAGCCGAAAUGUCCCCCCGUUUCCAUUACCACCUGAAGUGCGCUAGAUAAUAGUAUAAACAACAAAAAGUGGAGCUUCCAACCCUGGACAAAGAUGCCAAAGCUUGAACAAUCUGAGAUUAAAAAGUACUGGGAGAUCUUUAGCGGCCUCAAGCCUGUGGAUAAUAAGUUGUCCGGUGAUAAAGUGGCUGUGGUUUUAAAGAACUCCAAGCUGAGCGAUGAUAACUUGGGUAAGAUCUGGGACCUGGCUGAUAUCGAUGCAGAUGGUCAAUUGGACUUUGAAGAGUUCUGUAUCUGCAUGCGUCUUAUCUUUGACCUUGUUAACCAAAAUAUGACUGUGUUGCCAUCACAAUUACCUGAUUGGCUUAUCCCUUCGAGCAAGGCACAUUUGAUCCAGGCAAACAGGGCACUCAAUGGACAAGACCAAUCUCAGAGAUACUCGGAUUCAGAAGAUGAGGAUUUGACAGGCGCCCAGUUUGACUGGUACAUCUCUCCAGGUGAUAAGGCUACCUAUGAACAGAUUUACUCCACAAUGGCUGAUAGAUUUGGUCGUAUUACUUUUGAUUCCCUGGGAGGUUUGUUGUCCACGUUGACCAAUGUCGCUGACCAAGAUGCCCGUUUUGCAUGGAACCUUGUGAACCCACGCUCCUCAGAGACAAUCGACAAAGAUCAAGCGCUGGUGUUACUCCAUAUGUUGAAUCAAAGAGACAGCGGUAAACAAAUGCCUAGAGGAGUGCCACCGGCUCUGAGAGCUACUUUCAAUAAAGAACAACCAGAAUAUUCCCUUGAUUCCCAUCAGGCUACUAUCUCACAACCACAACCAGCAUCGAAACACACUUUUGCAGAGAAUUAUCUAGAAAGAAUAGGUGGAUCUGGACUCGCAAAGAACACAAAGGGUACAGAUUUUUCAUCCACACAAGGUACAGAUUGGGAAGAAGUACGUCUUAAAAGAGAGCUCACUGAUCUCGAGGAAAAGGUUGCCAAGGCUGAAGCUGCUGCUGAAAGUAAGAAAAAGGAGAGAGCCAAUGGUCAAGGAACCACAGCACAAGUGAGACGUGAAUUGGAACAACUCUUGGAAUACAAGCAGAAACAGCUGAUUUCUGAUAGCAACAGCAGCUCCGACCUUGCUGGUGUUGCAAGUGACGUUGACACUGUUGAAAGUCAAGUGAAAGUGCUGGAACAAUACCUUGAAAAGAAAAAAGCUGAAUACGCUGAUCUUCAAAACCAAAUUGCUCAGGCAAAGAGCUCAUAGUUCUUAUCAAACACCUACAUACGAACUAUUUGACGGAAAAUAACGAACAAGAGAGAUUCAUUGUUACUGUACCUAGUCGUAGUGAUAAUGCCAUAAACCACUGAAAGCGUGAAUUUACUUGGAGAACUCGGCCAGAGGAUACCCCAAAGUCUGGGGACACUCCCGGGGCAAAACGGCAUCGGCUGGUUAUUCAUCAAUUAUCAAGAAUCGGCUGAAACCUUGGAUGUAACAACUCUCACAACUAAGGCACCAUGCUUAGGUAAACUUGAAGCCUCGGGGAUUCUCUGCCUCCACGCUAUUUCCACAGGACAAGAGUCGAUUCCGCUGGACAUCUCCGAGUUGGACGGUUUUAGCUGGAAAGAAACUCCCCGUAUGUAUGCAGGAUUGCCAUUUCGGUGUCCCUCAACACAAUAAACUUAGCGCACUUGAAACACUGAAAAAAUGCAUAUAUUGAAAAGUUUCU